AGAGAGAGAGAGAGAGAGACUCGCGGUCAAAUUGAGCUUUAUCUAUAGCGGUGGGUCACUUUAUAAGAGCCAUUUGGAGCCAGAGACGCCCGGAGCGCGCAGGAGCCGUAGUCAUUGACAAAUCAUAAUAAGAGCAGCAGUCAUUGCCACAGAGCACAUUGCUCCACACAGGGAAGAAAAAACACGCUCAGACACGGAAGAGAAGUGAGUGAGAGGGAGGCUGAGUGAGGCACGGACGGCAAGACACACAGUUGAACUUUUACUGUGUGCGGGAUCAUUCAAAUAAAAAAGGCUCAAAAGUGAAACUCAAGAGGCCGGAAAAGUGUUGGAGAACAUGCCGCGGGUAGUCCCUGACCAGAGGAGCAAGUUUGAGAAUGAGGAGUUUUUCCGCAAGUUGAGCAGGGAGUGUGAGAUUAAAUAUACUGGGUUCAGAGACAGGCCGCAUGAGGAGAGACAAGCCCGCUUCCAGAACGCCUGCAGGGAUGGACGGUCAGAAGUAGCCUUUGUCGCUACAGGUACCAACCUUUCUCUCCAGUUCUUUCCAGCCAAUCUGCAUGGAGAUCAGAGGCAGGUUCCUACAAGGGAGUAUGUUGACUUUGAGAGAGAGACAGGAAAGGUCUAUUUAAAGGCUCCUAUGAUCUUGAAUGGGGUGUGUGUGAUCUGGAGAGGCUGGAUUGACCUACAGAGGCUCGAUGGGAUGGGAUACCUAGAGUAUGAUGAUGAGAGGGCGCAGCACGAGGAUGCUUUGGCCCAGGCAGCAUUUGAAGAGGCUCGACGCAGAACCAGAGACUUUGAAGACAGAGACCGGUCACACAGAGAGGAUCUAGAGUCCAGACGACAGCAGGACCCCAGCCCUGGCUCAAACAUGGCCAACGCUGACGUGGAACACAAGAUGCGCUGAGGAGGAUGUGAGAAUGAGGAAGUAGUGGAAGGGGGAAGGGCAGAGAACCAAGGCUGGAUACAUUCAUGUUCAAUACAGUCAAAUGAAAAAAAUCCAAACCAACAAAAACAGCAGUUGUAGACCGAUUGUUCACCAUUAUUUUUUAACAGGUUUGAUGUGACCGUUUCCACAUGCCAAACAUUUUUUGAAUAUUUGAAUGUAGGAGAAACUAAACUUCCUAUAUUGACUGAAUUGAAAGUGAAUAACAGCCCCAGAAAAGAAGGAUUAAAACGGUUAGAGAUACAAUGUGGGGGGGUGGGGGGAUUAUAUUUAAAUGCAAUGGGAGGAGCAUGAGCAGUUGAUUUAGCAUUAUAUUGAAAAUGUAAGAAAUCUAGAGUUGAAGUUGUUUUUUGAGUCAAAUGAGUGUUUUAGAUACAGGAUAUAAAGAAAAGAUCAAGCCAUUCAAAAUUUUUUAUAUUUUUUGUCCCAGUCAAAAAGGAUUUGAUGGAUGGAGUAAUUUCAGGUACCACAAGUAUAUUUUGUAUUAAUACAAUGAUGUUGAAAAUUGAGGUAUGGGUUGUAAAGGGUUUUAUGGUAGAUGUUAUUAACAGUUAGCGGAGGAAGGAAGGAGGAGAGAAAAGAGUCUGGCCCGGGGUCACGGCCAGGGUUUAGUGGUCAGGAUUACCAGUAGAGCAUGCAUCAAAGGUGAGGUGUUGACAGUUCGUGGGGACAAAAAGAAAAGGGAAGAGAUUCUGCAUUGUUCGGUGUUGUGCAACACUUUACAUCUGUGAACAUGUCAACUCCGAGUGUACAUUACUCACUUCCUGAAACCUGCUGUUUUCUGAGACCAAAGUUCACUUUGCUGGAAAAGGGAGAGAGGGAAUCAAAGAAGAGGGAGACUUGGGGAGGGGAGGAUCCAGAGAGAAUUCUGCCAGAUUUUAGGGCUAAGAUGUUUGCUGUAAUAUAAUAUUAACCAUCUCUUUAAAAUUUCAGUAUGUUGGUGUGUCCAUGACAAUAGAACUGCAGCAUUAGCAACAACCUCGAGGCAGAACGGGUAACUGCUGGAAACUCUGCUAUUUUUGGCUCUGGAAGCAAUUAGGGGAAAUGACAGGGUGUUUUAUCGGGGGGGGGUCCAAUUCAAAUGUCUUUUGCCUUCCGAGGGGCUUUGCACUAUGUGAUACAAUCAGUCUUGUUCUCAAAAUGGUUAUUUUUUAUAUGCAUGACACCUAUGUUCUUCGCUGUUUCCUAUGCAGACUGUUUAUCAUCGGAGCACUCUCGUUACAGCUCUUUGAUAAAGAAUAACUGGGUGACUGUCACUGUGAAGUCACACUGAGGUGUGCUCCUCCUAUGAAACCAAACAGUAGCAUGCCUGACUAAGCACGGUUUCCUGCUUUGUGUGUCUGCUGAGCAAAGCCUGUCUGGUUGGCCCACGUAUCACCCUAUGAUUAGCUCAAGUGUUGCUCUGGUGUGACUGUCAGGCAGCAGUGAACACAGAUGUGGUACCCUCAUCCUUUAGAAUCUUUUCAUACCUCUGAACCAAAAGUAAGUUCUUCAGAGCCGUCAUCAUAAUACAUACUGAAGUAUGAAGCAUUUUUCUCAUGAGGGACUUUACAGGUAACAUACUAUUGUAACAUGCACACUGAUGUUCAAAAACACACCAAACACUUCUAUUAAAAUAUUGUAUUGCAGUCAACCUUGAUAAUUAAUCAGCACAGACUGUACUGUCCAGUUCAGUUAUGGAAUCCAUCUAUUGGUUGAACAAUCACCCUGAUAUUCCUCAUCAUUAAAGACCUGUAAAAGCCCAAACCCAGUCUAAAUCCCAUGUCUGUCCUGUUACAGCACUAGUAUAAUGAAAUGGUGUUUUGUUAUCUUAUCAUUUUGUUUGUGUGAAAGUCAUGAUGUUUACUUUUUAUAUUGUUUCUCACCUGUAUAUGCAUUCAUUUUUGUCCAUCUUUCAGCUUUGUUAUGAAAUAGUAGUAGUAGCAGUAGGCGAUGUUAUGCAAAGUUGACGUGUCUCCAGUAAUUUGGGAGUUUUAAGGACUUUUGUUGCUUAUUGUUUUUCAUGUAUUUUAUGUUUUAAUAAUGUUAUUUUUAAUGUUUCUUUUUUAAGGAAAUCACUUUCUGGGUUAAAUUCAUUGAAAUGUGGAUUGAUUCAAAUGGCAUAAGUGUUUUUAUAUUGUGCAGCUAGAAGCUCAUUUCAUUUUCUAGUGUGUUUAACAUUUACUGCACUCAACAGUUUUAUUAUCAUUAUUAUAAUCAAGAAAAAUUGUUUGUUCAUACUUUUCUUUGUUAUCAGUCUGACUUAUUAAGAAUUUCAUUGAGCUUUAUGAUCUAAGAAAACUGGUGAAUUGUAAAGACUGUUAAUGGUCAUCUGUAAGAUGUGGAGUAAAGAAACAUUGAAUUAAUAGUUCAAAUUAAAAUUACAAAACGGGUUAGAGAGAGCCUGUGUAAUUGUAAGACUUCAAGAUGUUCUUAACUGGGGGAAACUAAGAAAAAAAUUACUUUCCCAUUGCCAGUCUUAGUUCAUAUGAUUCCCACAGAGAUUUGGGACAGUGGGGACAAAAGCUUUAAUGUUUCUAAAUCUCUCAAAGCAUACUGAUCCUGCAAAAUCAGUUGGGCUUGUGACUCUUGUGGAGCCACAAGCCCAUAUGUCUGAGGGCACCUCCUGUGUAAUAAGCGGUAAGCUUUUGUUACUCAGCUGUGUUUGAUAUCAUUAUGUUGUAAAGUCCAGCAGAUGAGACAAAGUCUUGAAGUGACAUUAAGUUUGAAUGAGGAUGUGAAUUGAUGUAAAGACAGAGAAAAGCAUUAGAAAGUGGCAGCACAAAAUGGGUUGUGACACAAGUAGAGGCCCAGGUCAGGUCGAUUAAAGCUGUCAGAGAUUUACCUUUAGAAGUUGUACACUUUGGGAUGAGGUUUUGGGAUGUGUUUGGAAAUUUGGAAAUUAAUUGGCUCUACAAUGGCUAGAUUAUUCUGCCAUAAGUGUUAAUACAGCUCAGUUUCCCAGAUCAGUUUUAGUUGUAACACUAUCCAUGAGUGGUCUCAUGAGAUCUGCCAUAUUUACAGAAGGGGACACAGCUCUGUUGUUGGGACCCUUUGUGGGUUUAAGCAGUGUAACUGGUACUCAUGUCAAAUAGAGUACCAGCUUGACCCCAUUGUACCCAUUCAGUGCAUCAUUAUUAUUAUUUAGAUGUUUGCCCGUGUAAACAUAGCUGAUAGUCCAUCCCUCAGAUUUCUUAAUGCAGGCAUUAAGGUAAAAUCAAAGCCUUUUCUUUCUUUCUUUCUUUUUCUUUCUUUCUUUCAACUUAAACUGUUGAUCUACUGUACUUAUUUGUUUAAGUUAUUUAUACUUUAUUUAGAGAUCCAAAGAUGUACCCUGUGCUAUUUAGCGGCUUGUAAAAACACUCUCUAUCCUGUGCCUGUGGUCUGUCUUUCCCUUCUCUUAUAGGGUUCACCUCACCCUUCUUAAGGAAUCUGAAAUAUGAGACAUUCAGUUAGAAAUGUUGG